GAAUCAAUUUUCCACCCUUUCUAUUGUUUUGCACCCUCUUGGGGAUUUUUCCCCUUCCUCUCAUCUCUUGUUUUGUUCUUCCCCCCCCUCCCCCUCUUCCUCCUCUGGGCAUUUCUAUUUUCCUCUUUCCUUUUUUUUUUCUUUGUUAGCAGUUUGGCUCCCCUCCCAGCGAUCACGACGAUAUGUUAUGGACCCCAUGGCCGACGUAUGUCCCUUCGGUCCUGUUCGUCUGUGCCCUGCUGGCCUGGUGGUUUGUUGAGCCCAAGACUGCCCACCUGAAUCUGAUAGUCGUCGUCGGCUGCGUCCUCUUCUACUGGGCCGUCGCUCCCGAGCUGGCCCAGGCUACUCCCUACCAAAUCUACCAGUUCGCUAUCUGCGCCGUCAAAGCCCUCCGCCUCGACGUCCUGGUCCAGUAUCAUGCCAAUAUGCUCGUGACAGGUCUCGCUAUCGUCUGGCUCGCCCAUCGCGCCGUGCAAACGCUGAGGAAGUCCGUCAACGAACUAAUUGGCGUCCUCGGCGUCGAAGUUCCCGACGCUCCCAAAGUCUCGCUUGCUGGCAUCCGCUCCGACGCCGCCACUCUUAAUUGGACGCCUCCCGAGGGUGCUCGGCCCGUGGCCAAGUUCACCAUACAGGUCAACGGCGUGAACGUCGGCGAUUCCGCGAAUCAGGAGACGGCUAUCACCGUCACCGGCUUGAAGCCGAACCAUUUCUACAACAUCCGAGUCAUCGCUGUCGGCUAUAAUAACUUCCAAGCGCCUAGCCGCGUCGUACGGUUACGGACCUAUGCAAGGGAUGGUCGUCCUCAGCUCGGCGAUGGCCGUCUGCCGGCUAGUUUUGUCCCCGAGCAGCAGCAUCUUGCGAUGCCCAGUGACCACGCAGACGAAGAGGGAGGAUCGAGAAGUCCUGCCGCCGGCGUCGAGGCCGCCUCCGUUGCGGAACCAUCCGGCUUAACCGCACAAGCCAGCUCCGGUGCUCUCUCAGGGACUAGACGAAAUACGUUAACGAGGAAACAUUCCCCCUCUACGGCGAGCAUGGAUCCGCCGGCGAGGGACGUUUUGGACAAGGACUCAGAGGGUUCGUUACAGGAACUAGGGGAGAGAUUUGAGAGCAUCCGGCGGGAGAUUGACGAAACCCAGUCACAGAUCGCCAAAGAUGAAAAGGAGCACAAGGAGCUGAUGGACGAACUGGCCGAGGAGAAAAAGAUAAAAAAGCGCAUGCUGAAGGAGAAGGACGACACCACAGAAAAGUUGAAGAGAGAGGCGGGCACGACGGAGAGGGCCAUGAGGAGCGCUCAACAGCGAAAGACGCAAAAAGAAAAGCUGCUGAGGGAGAAGCGGGCGGAGCGGCAGAAGCUCCACGACGAGAUAGCUAAGUGGGACAAGGAUAUAGCUUCGAUGGCCAAGCGCCAGAACGGGUUCGAGAAGGAUAGAAAUGCCUGCCAAAGAGAGGGCGAUCUGCGAGCUGAAGAACUGCGUGCCGAAAUAGCACAAACGCAGGCUAGUCUCGCUCAAGAAGAGGUUGAGCUUAGGGAGAAGAGCAGGGAGUUGAAGGAGGCCGAGGAGCAGCGGAAAAAGCUUCCCGGUGGUGAAGAGAGCGAGGAACGGCGCGAGACGGACCGCCAGAUUCGAAGGGAUUGGGAAGUGAGGGCCAAGGAGCUGCAACGACAUCUCUUCGCUGCAAACAAGAAACUUCGGAUGGUCAACGACUACGGGAAUGUGUUGCAGACCCAGCUGACGGCAGCGCAACAAUCCGGCCUUCCCUUCAUGUACAACCAGGCAAAUUCGUCCGGAGUCGAGUUCGAUCUCUCGUCUCAAAACCAACUCAAGCGACGAAGCCGGAAUAGCAACUCGCUUUCCAAUGUUGUCAUUCCGUCGCCGAUCCAGUCAUUUUCGAUUUUAGACCGACCGUAUGGACCAUCGACCUUCGGGCCCUCUCGUCCGCCGACUAUCCCGCCCGGUUUCGCUCCGGGGCCUUACAUGGAACACAAGUCAGACUUUGCUGCUAACCACCUCGAUGACGACCUUAUGCGACAUCCCGCUACCGGGGCGCCGCUAAGCCCUACGGCAGCGGCCCUUCUCCCCGCCGGUAUGCUCGAUGAUUUUAUAGGCGACGAACCACCGAGUCCCAACUCCCGGCGACCGAGACAUAACACGUUUGGGUCGGCAUUUUCCCACGACAACGACCCUCAGUCACCAGCAUCCUCGGCUAGAUCUCUCAGCAUCUUCUCCAGUCCUCAAGGCUCCUCUCAACACUUGCCCUUCUCACAGUAUACGGGCGAGAACAGCGAGCGUCGCUCGCUCAAGGGGAUUCGGGGGGAUCUCGGUACCUCGUCGCCGAUCCCCCCUCCGAGUCAGGCCGUAAACAUAAACAGGCGAAGCUUCUUACCUUGGCUCCACCGCGGCCCUAAGGCUCCUGACGAACCGCCUGCCCUAGGGACUCUAAAACCCGGCCAGACUCAAUCACUGCCACGACCAUCCGAAGAUCUCGAGGCUAUGCCAAGCAAGAGGCGGAUAAGCUUCUCUACCGGCUGGAACAUGUUCAACCGGAACUCGGUCGGGCCGGAAAUUUCAGUCAUAGGUAGCCCUGACGCGAGUCGUAUACUCCCGCACCAGCCGGGCCUUGUCGCGAAUCCCAACAGUCUCGGGGGCAACGUUUUCCCCGAGCGGGGUCCGAGCAGCCCUCGGCCUGUUUCCAUCGCAUCGUCCGAAUUCACCCGGCCGUCGACGGAGAGCGGCUCCAUAUGGAAUCGAAUCCCGCAACCGAAUCGACUCUGGGCAGCAGAUGACAACCCGUGGGCACCCUCACGAAAUCCGUCAAGGAGGCAGUCCAUCCACGGCUCUCCUUCUGCGUUGAAGACCACCCUAGCUGACGCGGACGACGAAAUCCUGGACGACGCUGAGCUGCUACACGCAUCACCUAGCCAGGUGGGGGUUAUUGGGACUAAGCCUCUAUCCAAGACAUUAAGCCAACGUCUUAAUCCCACUGCGCCAAGCUUCAUGGCAGGCCUGUUCCGCGCCAAACCGGACAGGGAGAAGGAGACGGAGAGGGAGAGCCGAGAGCCGAAGGACAAGGCCAGUAAGAUGAAGGCUAAGGAGAUGGAGUUGGCUAAAGAGAGGCCGCGGGUCUCGCUUUCAUCCGUAUCCGAGGUAGUGACCCCUCCCCCCGACGACUCGCCGUCGGAUUCCCGCAAGUCACGCGACGCCUUUUCGAUCGGCACGCCGUCGGUCACGGAAUCGCGCGAGUCGCUUACGCUCGACCAGGCCCCCUCCAACACGCCGUCAGAACACGCAGCAGCCGGGUUGGGGUUAAAGGAACAGGAGAGCGGCCUCAGAAAGCUGCUUCGUAAAGGAAGCUCUUCCAAAUUUAGCUUCACUUCGGUACGCGGUCUCGGGGGCAAGAAGGGACCUAGCAGCGUAGCCAACUCGGACAAGAACGCCUCCGCGGAACGCAGCAGCUUCGACGAGUACGCUGAGGAGGGCGGAGGGACUAUCACCAACGUGGCGCCUGGACGUAGCUUCGAGAGCUUUCAUAGUAGUCCGUCCCUGGGCCCGUCCAGUACCGCCGGCAGGCACCCGAAGGACAAGGCAGUCAGCUGGGGUUCCCGGUUUGCCAUCAAGAAGAAGCCGGGAAAAGAAAAGGAUAGCUUGGACAUCGAAAGAGAAGAUUUAGCGGCAGACAUUCCCUCUCCAGCAGAGAGGUAGCUUGGAUUCAUAGACAAUUUUGUAGUCUUAGCUAGCUAGCAUACCUACCGUAGCGGGCUCCGGCGACAGGAUCUUGGUUGGGAACGAUAGCAAUUUAGGAGAACCCGGCCCAGACCAUGGCCGCAAUUAACACGAACACACAGCUGCA